UUUAGGCCGAUGAAGUGAUCGUCCUUAAGCCGUAUUGGCCAUAAAUUUGAUAAUAAUUGUCCCUGCGAUAUCCCGAAUCAAGCUCAGAGAAAUGAAAGGGGCUUCUCUGUUAGUUCCCAUUGCCAAGAGGUUGGAGGGCAAGGUGGCUCUGAUAACUGGUGGAGGCAGCGGCAUCGGAGAGAGCACUGCGAGGCUGUUCGCUAGGCACGGCGCCAAGGUCAUGAUCGCCGAUGUUCAGGAUCAGCUCGGGCAGUCUAUAUGCGAGGAUAUCAAAUCCGACCAGAACCAUACAGUUUCCUACAUCCACUGCGACGUUACUAGUGAGGCAGAUGUUAAGAACGCGGUGGACAGCGCAGUGAAGAAUUACGGUAAGCUCGAUGUGAUGUUCAGCAACGCAGGGAUCCUUGGCAGUUCCGACCCAAGAAUCUCGACCUUUGAUUAUGACAACUUCAAGAGAGUUUUUGAUGUUAAUGUGUAUGGCUCAUUCCUGGCGGCCAAACAUGCUGCUAGAGUCAUGACCCCGGCCAGAAGAGGAAGCAUUUUGUUCACAGCAAGCGCUGUUUCCGUAAGCUAUGGUAUGGCUUGUCACGUGUAUACGGCAUCGAAGAACGCUAUCGUCGGAUUGGCCAAGAAUCUAGGGGUCGAGUUGGGGCAAUACGGGAUCAGAAUUAAUUGUAUAUCUCCCUUCGGCGUGGCCACACCAUUGGCUAGGGAAGGAUUGCAAGGCUUAGACGUGGAAAAGUUCGAGGAAAUGAUCUCUGCAUCAGCAAACCUGAUAGGGCCGGUGCUAAAGGCCGAUGAUAUAGCGGAGGCAGCUCUGUAUCUCGCGAGCGACGAGUCCAAGUACGUGAGCGGGAUGAACUUGGUGGUGGACGGGGGCUACAGCACCACUAAUGUUUCUUUAAAAAUGACGAUGAAGAGAUUUCUUCCAUGACAAGUAAUCGUGUCGCAUUCGAAAAUCUAAGAUGAUGUUUUAGAACGUGGAUUAAUAAUCAUCACUGCUGUAUUUUCAUCGCUUAUAUAUUUCACAUGUAUUUUGUUGUUAAUUAAACCAAUUACUCUCAGAUGGUGUAAUAAAAACGCUACGAUCAGCUGGAUAUGUUGAUGGAA